UCGGGCGCCUCAACGCAUUGCGCCAAAAUUAUCUCGUACGAAGAACUGCGGGAACCGCGAAAAAAUCCUACGAAAUUGUUUUCAUUUAAGGGAAUGUAUAUUUUGGGUGUAUACGCGAGUAAAGAACGCAACGAGAUUUACGGCUUCAUCUUAUCUGCCAAGGACAUGAAAAGAAAUGAGUGAAUUUUCCCCGCGUAACGAUGAAAAAAGCGCACAGAACCAGGAAUGUUGCGCUUCAAACGACGAGAUGCAGGCUGAUAUGGCGUGCAAGAAAACAGAAGUGGCAGCGACAGAACAAAUUCAGGCCGAACAAUCUUCGCCGGUCGAUGGUAAAUCCAAAGAUAUCGAUACUUCUCCAAACGGAGAGAGGACCAGUGAAUCUUCCUAUGGAACGGAAAAUUCGGUGUUGUCUUCCCAUCAGAGUCUGCAAGCGUUGCAAGCGUUGAACAGCGUGAACGAGCAAGAAAGUGAUGAAACACGAAGUAUAGAGGAAAUAGAGAUCGGGUUGUAUGAACAAGGACCAUUAAAUGAAAUAGCAAUUGAAGAAAAUGAUCAUGAAAGCAUUCGAGAAUGUGACUCGAGUUGCAGCAGCCCCCUUUUAAACGGCCAUGUUGUUGAUAGUGAUGUUCACAUCACAACAGAAAAAUCGCAGGAAACUCAUUCAGGGACAAGUGACAAGGAACCGAAGGAAAAUGGAAGAUAUUUUUCAUUAUUCUGUAGGAAAUCCCGCACUUCACCGUCAAAAUCGAACAGGUCCAAUGGAGAUGUAAUUAUUAAUAUUGACGUUGAAGAAAUUUCUAUCCAUGAGUCUCCUCGCCGCAAGUCGAAAUACUCUCUAAACGACCGUUUGAAGGGCUGGUUUCAACCCAUGGACAAUAAAAUGAACAUGAAAGUUUUCGGGAGUAGAAGAGCCUUAGCAGACGAACUUAUACGUUACAGUAAAGUAGGAUGGAUUAUACAUCCAACAAGUGCAUUCAGGCUCUACUGGGAUCUUAUGCUUCUCUCGUUGCUGAUCGUAAAUAUGUUCGUUCUUCCCGUGGCGAUUGCUUUCUUCAAUGAUGAUAUGAGUCCUUCUUGGAUUGCUUUUAACAGCAUUUCUGACGGAAUCUUUCUCUUGGACAUUGUUUUAAACUUUAAAACUGGUGUGCUUAUUCACGGUACACCCAACAAGUUUAUUCUAGAUCCGAAAAAAAUCGCGAUACGGUACGCUAGGACAUGGUUUCUUAUUGAUCUGGUUUCUUCGUUCCCGUUUGAUUACGUCGUUUCCUCGGCGACAAGCUCGGGUUCCGGACGAUUGUUGAGUGCAUCCAGGGCAUUGCGCAUUCUACGCAUGGCAAAACUUCUCAGUUUGUUGCGCUUGCUCAGAAUAUCACGUCUUGUACGUUACGUUCAUCAGUAUGAAGAGGUUUUAAAUGUGACUCGCUCAGUCAUCCGGUUCGUUAAUCUGAUAAGUCUGAUGAUGCUGGUAGCUCACUGGAAUGGCUGCAUGCAAUAUCUCGUACCAGUCCUCAACGAUUUCCCGGCGAACUCGUGGGUUAUAAUUCAUGACUUACGGGACAAGGCAUGGACGGAGCAGUAUUUAUGGGCUCUUUUCAAGGCUUUAUCACACAUGUUAUGCAUCGGAUAUGGAAGACAUCCUCCUCAAAACAUUCCAGAGACUUGUGUUACAAUUACCAGCAUGAUGUCUGGUGCCACAUUUUACGCGCUUUUUAUUGCUUAUUCCAUAAACGUUAUCCAGACCAUGGAUUCCCCGAGUCGGCAUUACAAGGAAAAGAUCCAACAAAUUGAGGAGUAUAUGGCUCACAGAAGACUGCCUGUUCAUCUAAGAGAUAAAAUUACCAAGUAUUACGAGCACCGAUUUCAAGGAAAACUUUUUGACGAGGAGAAAAUACUGUCUGAAGUUUCUCGGCCAUUGCGUAAGGCAAUUGUCAAUUACAACUGUCGCGAGCUCGUCCGUGCUGUUCCAUUUUUCUAUGAUGCUGAUCCAGAUUUUGUGUCAGCCAUUAUAACCAAACUCGACUUUGAAGUAUAUCUGGAAGGUGACGUCAUUAUACGUGAAGGGGAACUUGGAACUGAGAUGUAUUUUCUUAAAUCUGGGGUAGUGAGUGUCUCGUGUGAGGGAGUUAGUACAGAUGAUCUCUCUGAUGGUGCAUAUUUUGGAGAAAUCUGCCUUCUGACACAUGCAAGACGCACUGCGACUAUCGUGGCAAAGACUAUGUGCGACAUAUUUAUUUUACACGCCGAAGAUUUCAGGGAGGUCGUGGAAGAAUUUCCAGAAAUGCGACACGUUAUGGAAUCAGUGGCAUCGGAAAGAUUGAGCAGAAUGGGAAGAUCAGUCGACUUUUCAAACUCCGCUUGUCCUUCCAGAGAGUGUUUACUUGCCAAACUUCAAACCUCAGCUUCCAGACGGAGCAGUAUUUGUUGUAGUUGUACGAAUUUACUUCAACCCCGAGAAAAUAAUCCGGAAAUUGUCAUCACCAGAGAAGUUUCGUCAGACGAUGGCAAGAGUAUCAAUAUAAUAAAUUAGAGCGCUUUUCGAUCGAGUGUCGUAAAAUAAAACCCAAAGUAAUCUCAACAAUCAUCCAGAAGAAAGAAAAUACCUUCAAGAACUAAGGAGAACUCAAAUAAAAAAGCAAACAAAUUGCCCAGAGCUCUGGAAAACUCGGGCGACAAAGUUGUGGCUGGUUUUAGUUUUAUAUCUGAAUGGUUGAGAAAGUGGCGUUAGAAUUUUGGAGUAAUCACAGAGUAAAGUAAAGAGAAGCCAAAACAAUCUCGGAUUACUUUCGACAGUCAAUUGAAAAGUUCUUUAAGAUCAAUUCUUGCCAUUUAUUUUUCAGAGGUUUACCUUUCGAUUUUCGUGUAGAGGUGUUGAUCUCUUUUCAAAUGUUGAUAUGAGGUUUGAUGGCGUAGAGCUGUGCUAAUAUGUGCAACGAAAUUGGCACCAAAUAUGAAAAGCAUGUGAUUAGGUGAACUCAUCUAUUGUCGAAAUUUGAAGACGUCUAAAAGCGAGAUUUGGCGGUCAUUCCUAAGUUUUUAAAAAUCAGCAUUAGCAUCUUUUCCUUACAGGACUUGUUACUCUUUUAGAAAAGAUAACAGGUCUUGUGAAGUAAAAAUGUUUCUGGAUGGCAGACUUUGCAAUAACCUAUUACUAUUUUUUCUGUUUCUCAAUUUGCGGGAACACCCUCGGGCUCUCUUUUAGGUAAGUCAUUAUUGCGUUAUUUUAGAAAACUAGCGAGGAAUUGAAAGGAACCAUAUUUAGCAGAAGUGAGUACUUAAAAUUUUAUUUGUGACUACAGCUUCUUGUUUUACAGAAAAAAAUAUUCAAAAUAAAAAUCUGCCAAAAAAAAUAUUAAUAAUCGUUUUUAACUCAACAAGGUUCAUAUGGCAUUUCAACUGUGGGUUUAGUGGUUCAAGAUCACAGGUCGGCCUUAAUGUCUACAAUAUCAUUUUCCUGGCAUUUUAAUAGCAAUAGCGUUAGCCUGAUCACUUUUUACCGCAAACAACGUUUUAGAUGACUACACAUUUCAGCUCGUAAAUUGGUUUCACCCAAGGACAUUAUAUUUAGCGAAGGAUAACCCACGCGGUAAUGAGUUUCCGCGCAGGUUGAGGAUCGCGAUUUUUAUGAAAACACGAACUAAGAGUCACAGGAGAAUAUUAAGAAGAAAUAACUUAAAGGCAGCAUAAAUAUAUUUUGAAACUGCCAAACUUUCAAAAUGUCCGAAGAGAACCCAAUGCGGGUAAGUCAAUGUAGUGAAUAGAGCUUUAUUAUAUAUUUAACCACUAAGGAAGUCAAACACGCCGACAUUACCUUGCGUUUGAGUUUCAAAUGCAAAGAAACUGUUAAAGUAGUUUUAAAAUGUAAGAUAUAUUUAAUAAAAGGGACACGAAAUACAGGAUCCAUAAUCAGAAUCAGGAAAUAACAUUUGUACAUAUACUUUGUCUUGACUUUUGCGUCUGGGAAAGUUUUCUUGAUUGGAUAAA